UCUGUCUGAGGCUGCCAUGUUGCCUGCGAGGUAGAAGCUCGUGAGCCGCGGAGAGAGGAGACACUGCGGCACUGAGUCACGGUCCCUCUCUCAGGUUCACCGUGUGGCUUAUUUAGGACUUCCCGGAAGAGACAGCUGAGUGACGGGGCUGGGAGGCAGGAGGGGACCGCAGCACACAGACACGAACUCUUCCCGGGAUAUUGAGAGUCCUAAGAAAACAUCUGCAAAAAGCGAACCAGAGAAGGGAGGUUUGUCACCAUGGAAGGAUUAGUGGAGCGGCUGGAGCGAGCUGUGACUCGCCUGGAGAAAAUGUCCAUCACCAUGCAGGUGUCCAACGGCAUGGCUAAUGGGGACUGUACCAAUGGCAUCGAUGGAGGUCUGUCUCGGUGUAUGGAGGCCUUUGAUGUCCUGCUGAGAGGUCCAGUGUCAGAGUACAUGAACUACAGCAGAGCCAUAGGAAGCGUGGUGGAGAAACAUGCGGACAUGGUGAACACCGCACUGCAGACCCAGAGAACUUUCCUCAAGAUGGUGGCCACUCACCAGCAACCUGCACAGAUGGAGCUGAAAGACCUGCUGAAGCCGAUUUCGGAUCACAUCCAUGAGAUCCAGAGCUUCCGUGAGCGAAACCGCGGCAGCAACCUUUUCAACCACCUGUCGGCCGUCAGCGAGAGCAUCCCCGCUCUGGGCUGGGUGGCUGUGUGUCAGAAGCCGGGUCCAUAUGUGAAGGAGCUGAAUGAUUCUGCCAUCUUCUACACCAACAGAGUGCUGAAGGACUACAAGGAAACCGACCAACGUCAUGUAGACUGGGUGCGUUCCUACCUUGGAAUCUGGACCGAGAUGCAGUCCUUCAUCAAAGAGCACCACACUACAGGACUGGAGUGGUGCAUGAGCGGCCCCAUCGCUCCUCCUUCUAUCUUUGAACCCCCCAGCGCUCCCUCCUGUCCUCCCCCACCUCCCCCUCCUCCCCCCGGCCCACCUCCGGUCUUCACUGAUGACUCCCAGCCUCAGACUGGCACCCCCCCACACUCAGCACUGUUUGCCCAGCUCAACCAAGGCAUGGACAUCACUAAAGGUCUAAAGCAUGUAUCAGAGGAAAAAAAGACCCACAAGAACCCAAAUCUGCGUUCGCAAGCAGCACCGACCAAAACAAAGUCUCCGGGGAACAUGAACUCCUCCAAGGCAACCGUCCAGAAAAGACCCCCUCUGAUGAUGCUGGAUGGGAAGAAAUGGAGGGUGGAGAACUUUGAACAGAAACACGACCUGGUCAUAGAGGAGACAGAGUUAAAACAAGUGGCCUACGUUUUCGGCUGCAACAACUCCACCCUGCAGAUUAAGGGCAAAAUUAACUCCAUCAUCAUUGACAACUGCAAGAAGCUGGGUUUAGUUUUUGAGAACGUGGUUGGGAUUGUGGAGAUAAUCAACUCCAAGUCAAUUCAAAUACAGGUGUUGGGAAAGGUUCCCACCAUCUCCAUCAACACGACAGAGGGCUGCCAGGUCUACCUGAGCAAGGACUCUCUGAACUGCGACAUCGUCAGUGCCAAGAGCUCCGAGAUGAACAUCCUGGUACCACAAGACGACGACUACAGGGAGUUUCCAGUACCGGAGCAGUUCAAGACGGUGUGGAACGGCUCCAGGCUUGUGACGGAGCCCACUGAGAUGGCAGGCUGAUGGACGCUUCAUUAUCCUUAGCAUUUGUUUUUAUCUUUUUUUUAAAUAAUCUCUCCGUCUAAAAUACAAAGGGAUUAUUGCAACAGAUUCACUUUUGGUCUGCUCGUUGUCUCUCAAUUUGUAAUGUCAUAUCUCUGUAGCACUUUGAAACUAUUAAGACAAGUUGAACCAGUGAUAAGGUUUAUUAAUCUUCACUACAAAACACAUCCCCACACAAUAAAUAGCUCAGGCUUAAGUCCCACAAACAGUGUGUUUACCUUUUCUUACAUGUCUGCGCACUAGCAAUGAAGGCAUUUAUGUAACAAACCAUUAUAUUUCAACAUUAUAACCACUGUGCUUUUUUAAAAUUCACUAUCUGAGAGUUAAAGCACAAUUUAGAUCACAGCAGAUACAUUAUUCUAGAGAAACUGUUACAUAAUGUUCACAAACAUCACUUGGAGUUACGUUUGGGACAAUGUGGUAUAUUUUCCAUCAAAUGAAGUGUGUCUUAGUAACUCCUUAAUGCGCAUAAUGUGCGUCAUGUAGUACUGUACUGGCAGUCUAUAUAUAUAAUCAGUCUUCACUACUAACUUCUAUGAAUAUUUAGACAUCAAGUUACAAGCACUGCACAUUUGUAAACUCUUAAAAUUGAUAGUAGUAGUAAACAUCCACUUGAGCACUUCCUACUCUCUCUAUCACUUUGUAGCAAUGUAUCACAUGGCACCAGCAUACGUAAGAGAAGUUUACACCACUAAUGCUUUUCAAAACGUUUAAUUUACAUGAAACAACUUGAUGUUAUUGUGUAUCCUUUUUCAAAUAAAACCAAAACCCUCAGU